AUGUGGCCUCAACGAAUCAGUUAACAACACUUGGUACACCUAAUAAAGGAUCUAGGUAACUCCCAAUUAAUUCUCCAGAAAGAGGACUAAAAUCAUAAGUUCAAGAUACGAGAAUCAAUAAGAAUCUACUAUCAUUUGAUGCAAGGAUUAGUUUAAUGUCACCAUCACGAGCUUAAGAGAAUGAAAUACCAACUUGUAAAAGGAUAGUAGAAGGAAUUCUAAAACAAAUAGCAUACUAAACAUUAAUACAUCUCCGAAUGCGGGCAUUAAUUUCUUAAGUUAGAAUCUUCACAAUAGCCAAUUAACCUUACUUAAUCACCAUACUUCAAUGCCCUCGAUAGUAUUAUCAACAAGCCCCUCCCAUUUUUAAAAUUAGUUCUAUCUCUGCAAAGAGCCAAUUAGGUUUACAGAGAUACUAUUCAUUCAUAGGAAAAGCUGGCAUCUGAAUGUUAAAAGGUUCUAAGAUGGAUAGAGGCAAUUAUGGGCGAAGCAGCUGUUUAUAGGCCACAUAAACUACCCUAGAGGAAAAAUAAUGAUGCAAAUGAAUAGUCUGAAGAAACAGGUGAAGGAUUAGCAUCAAGAUUAAGGAAUAGUAAUGCCUUUGACCCAGAAUAAGAGGAAAUCAAUGAAUAAACCUUAAAGCAGAUAUUCAAGGAUUUUAAUCUAAAAAAUAAGAUUGAGAGACUAAAACAUACCUUACAAGAGACUCUUGUAAAUACCAGAAAGUCGCAUUCUUAAAAUGUGCUAAAAAAUAAUGAGUUUAUUUACGAAGAUAGACAAAGCAAUCCUUCUAAAUCACCUAACAAAUAGGCAGGAUCUGUAUUAUAAAGGAAAAAUUCCUUACUUAAAAGAAAGAGCAUGAGGUUAACUGAUAAACAGAAAGAGGAUUAAACUUUAUACGAGAGAAUCAACAUUCGACUAGACUAAGAGAAAUUACUAAUCGCAGAAGAAAGACUCAGUGUUUUAGUUAAGAAAAUGAUAAAUAUCAAUGGAAAACUGUUCGAUGAUCAAGUUAUCCCAACUCAGAAUGAUUUUAUGGAUAUAAGUUAAAGCUUAAGAGAUGGAAUAGACACCUUAUUAGUGCUAGGAAUAACACCGUUUUCUUAGUCAACAUAUUCCCUGAUGGAUUUCCAACCAGAUAAUUACUAUGUCAAUGAGAUUAGGAAUUCAAGUGAUGAAUGGGUAAAAUAUGUAAGGGAAAGAGUUGGAGUUUAGAGAAUGUCCAGAUUUGACCCCUUUCUGAAGCAAGAUCACCAGAUAUUUAACAACUUCGAUGUGCAAACAUUAUACAGCUUGAUAAACUAGGCUCAAAGCUCAAAUAUAAAGAAAAAAGAACUUACUAAACUUAUACUUAACUUAAGAAGGGUUGAAAAUAGAUAUGAAACUUCAUUUUAGCUUUUGGCAAAGUAAAAUGAGCUUUUGCAAAGAAUAAUGGCUCAAAUGAAUCUUCAUGUAGAAAAAUUAGUGUAAUUCAACAAGAAGUAACAUCACUUCUAUGAGAAGAUAUUAAUGCAGGAUAUUUAUAACCCCUUCCUCGAACUAACUAAGCUUUAAAAAAAGAUAGGAGGCCCUGAAUCGGAAAAUUAAGAUCAACUGAAUAAGAAAGACUUGUUAAGCUUUUAUUCUAAGUUUCAGAGUCUCAGUCAGUAGUUUGAAGGUGCUUUUAAGCACUUCAUAUUGGUUGAAGAGAUGGAUGUGAAGCUAAACAACAGCAUUUUGGAAUUAAUGAAGAUCUACGAGAAAAAUCACCUUAGAUUCAAAGAUAAUGUAUAGGACUGGAAGAAACUACUCAUCUCUAAAUUUGAAGAAGAACAAAAUCAAUUAAAGUCUUAAGUUAGUAUUAUUCAACCUAAAGGAGUAAAAAAUGAAGUAAUAGAUGACUAUGAGGUUGAGCAAAUUAAUGAGGGACAAUUACUUCUUAAUACAGAUGGAAAGAAUUAGUGA